AUGGAGAAAAACAGGCCCCUACAGUUGAUGACCCCUGCGUCAGUCAAAGCCAUCAUCUCAAGGAUUGAGGCUGCCCAGCUAACACGGGCUCAGGAGGAUAUUUCUUCCCAGCUCUCAGACAUCUUGGACAACGUCAACUGUGUCAUCAACAGCUUCCAGGAAGAAUUAGGAUAUGAUUUAAAAGAAAAGGCAAAACCUGACCAGAUGGAGCAAAAGGGCAAGAACAGAUUCAUCUUACUGGAGAAAAUUGCCUCCUUCUCUGAAGAUGCUAAUACUAAAGAGAAGCACUUGUAUGAAAUUCUCCGCUGGCUGGGUGACUGGGGUGACAGUCUGACCUAUGAGCUCAGGAACAGGAAGUGUAAGGAGGAAGAGGAAGCCCUGGAUGAAUGGAUUGAGGUGAUGGAGAAGGUAUUACCUCUCUCUCUCAUUGCCACCAAAGGAGGCAUCGAAUCUCUCACUUCCCUUUGUUCCACUCUCAUUGAAGGACAAAAGCAAAGGACACAAAUAUCCAAACACACCUUCUGGCAAGGCUGGUGGGAACAGAGACCCCCAAAAUCUGCAUCCUACCCUCAGCCACUGAGCCCAGAACAGAUGCUCCAGGACAGUCAUGCUACCUGCACGAAGGUCUCUGAGGUGAAGUCCAUGCUGCAGGAGCUCCUGGACUCCACCAUGUUCAACCAGGGGGAGGUCAGAGCCAUCAGGUACAUGUCUGCCAUGGUAGAGAACCUCAACAAGGCCUUGACCCUCCAGCACAAAGAGAACAGAAGCCUGGAGACCAAAUACAGGAACCUGAAAAUAGAGAUGACCAAAGAACUUAGCACCCAGAGGCUAUACUUCCAGAAUUCCCUCCAAGUUCUCCAGAGCAAGAGGGAUGCCCUGCUAAAGCAAGUGGAAAUUCUAGGGGGGAAAUACCAUGACCUUCUCCUGAUAAAGCAUGCCUUAGAGUUCCAGCUAGAGAAGGCUCAGUCUGCUAGAGAUCAAGCAGAAGAACCAACCAAGAUCUUGGUUGACUCCCUGGGGCCCCCUGAGAAAGAGACCCUCCCAGAGAAAGAAACAGUCAUGAAGGAAACUCAGCAGGAACCCAAGAAGGAGCAGUUGUUUUCACCACUCUCCCCAGGUCCCAUGGCCACAGCCUGGGACAGCGGUGCCAGGCCUUCAACAUCUCAGCCACUCUCCACCAUGACCAUGUAUUCGAGGAUUGCGGAUGUGUACAGCACCAAGGACACCGAACAUCUUCAGCCCAUGAUGCUGUCCUCGGUGGAUCACAGGUCUCCUAAGAUAAGCCCAGGCCACUACUUUCACCAAGUGAAAGACCAAAAGGAUGUCCAGGAAGCAUCCCAGGAGAAGGAAGGACUCCAAAUUAAGCCCCACUUGAGGAUACAGCUGUCCCCAGAGAGCUCCAGGAAGGUGGCCUUGGAGAGCAAGGCGGAGCACUGGGAAGAAGAGCUCCGCUGGGAGAGGCAGAGGCAGCAGUGGCUGGAGGAGGAGGAGAUGUGGCUGCAGCGUCAGAAGAAGUGGGCCCUGCUGGAGCAGGAACACCGGGAGAAGCUGCAACAGUGGAAGGUGGAGGAGGCGGCGAGGGAGCAGUGGCAGAGGUCGGGCCAGCAAGAAAAGGAGCAAGGGGGCCCAUGGAGGGAGCCAGAGCCUCCAGGGGAGGGCACAGACAGGGUGCUCUUCAUGACCACCAGGCAGUGGAGGGACUUGGAGAAGGCAUCGCUGGCACCUCCCUCAAGCCGGGCCCAGUCUGCUCACCAAGGCAGGAAGCACUUUCCCAGGUCCCCUAAUACCCAGCAGCCUGCCCCCAGAAACCAGGGGAACACGAGUUCAGCCAAGUCUACGCAGAAACCGUGGACCUGCCAGGUUCCCACAAAGCCCAAGAAAUCGGCCUCCUUUCCUGUCACGGGGACAUCCAUCCAAAAGGUGUCCCGGCCUCCUUUGCGUAUCUCCUCAGUAACUCUCAAGGGGAAAGUAUACCACAUGGAUGUGGAGGCACAGAGGAAGAAUCUGCAGCUCCUGAGCGAGGAGGCUGACCUGGGGCUGCCCCACUACCUACGCACCAAGGCGCUGGAUCUCACCACCACCACCAUGGAGCUGAACGUGCUUCGGCUGCAGUGUCUGUGCCAUAAGUACAUCCGCUACAGACACUUCCAGAGCCUCCGACAAGAAGUGACCAACCACAUACAAGUUAUGCAAGAAACUGAGACUACCUACAAGACCCAGAACCUCUACAUCUACCUGGAAAACAUUGACCGCCUGCAGAAUCUCUGGCUGCAGGCCUGGACAGACAAGCAGAAGGACCUGGAGGAGAAGCGUCGAGAGUGCCUGAGCAGCAUGGUGACCAUGUUCCCCAAGCUCCAGCUGGAGUGGAACGUUCGUCUGCACAUCCCUGUAGUCACCUCCACAAAGCCGAGGAAAAACAAGCCACCCACAUCCUCUCUCCGGCACACGCACUCAUGUGGCCUCUCCUGCAGGCAGCCUCCUGGGCACUUUCCAUGCAAGCACUGGGAAUGUGAGCCCCUGUGCAUGGCUCGACAACAGGAUAACCAGAUAGAAGCCAUCUGGAAAACUGAUGUGGCCUCCUCCAGUCACCCAAUAGAAAAGAAGACUCCCCCCGGCCUGCCCUGGGACCAGCUAGGGGGGUGCCCAGACAUUCCCCGGCUAUUGACCUUGGAUGUGCAUUCCUCCUACCACAAAAGCUUGAGGUCCCUCAAGGCCCGUGUCUUGGCGACCAAAAGAAACGAAUCCCGGGAAGCCCCAGAUGAGUCAGCUGAGCUUGUUUGUAAAAAGUCAAAUGAGUCUUUCCCUGGAACCAUAAAGCCAGAAGGAUCAAGACAGUCUCAGUCCCCACUCCAUCCAUUAGUCAGUGAUUCUCAAACUUCAGGGUGA